CAUGCCAUCGUCCACCAACCUUGCAGAAUAGGAUGACGAAUGAGGUGACAAGGAGGUACCUUUUUCUCGCUCCACACCACGCAAAAUACAGUCGCCCCCCCUAUAAUUCUCCCGUUCGUGUCGCUCCAUUUUGCGUAGGAGACCUGCCUACUUGGAUCCCCAUCACCGUUUCCUCUGCCGCCUUUCCCUUCCCUUCCUUGGAUCACUUUUCUUCUUCUCCAAACAAAUACCUCCACCCCUCUCUGCCUCUCCUUCUCUUGGUCAUUCGCAUCUGCAGUUUGUGGCUGCUUCAAGGGAUGAAGAAAAUUGUGUUGAAAUUGGACUUGCAUGAUGAUAAGGAAAAGCAGAAGGCCAUGAAGACUGUCUCUACCCUUCAAGGGAUCGAUUCCAUUGCGAUGGAUAUGAAAGAGAAGAAGAUGACGGUGAUCGGUUCCGUCGAUCCCGUGAGCGUCGUGAGCAAAUUGAGAAAAUUCUGGCACACCAACUUAGUCUCAGUUGGACCUGCGAAGGAGGAGAAGAAGGAGGAGCCUAAGAAGGAGGAGCCUAAGAAGGAGGAACCCAAGAAGGAGGAAGCCAAGGAGGAGCCCAAGAAGGAGGAACCCAAGAAGGCGGAGGAGAAGAAAGAGGAACCCAAGAAAGAGGAGAAGAAGGAAGAAAAGGAAGAGAAGAAAGAGGAGCCCAAGAAGGAGGAGAAGAAGGAGCCCCACGACCAAAUGAUAGCGGACAUGGUGAGAGCAUACAAGGCCUACAACCCUCACAUGACCACCUACUACUACAUGCACAGCGCCGAAGAGAAUCCAAAUUCUUGCAGCAUCCUGUGAUCAUCGUCGCGUCUCCAGAAAAGAACCAGAAAAGAAGAAGAAGAAGAUGGCAUAAUAACUCCGUGGGGCGAUUUCCCUCGACGACUCUGUGGAGUGACUAGUCGAAACUCUGCUACUUGGCUUGAAGCAAAGUGUGUGUAACGUAUUCGAGGUGGCCCUGUACAUAUGGCUAUGUGGUGAUGAUGAUGAUGAUGAUAUGGGCAAAUAAAGUGAUCAGUUUUGAUUCCUUGUCAA